GCGAUGAUAAGUUAACGGUGGACCGUAUAACUAGGAUGUGCGGUCUUCUCUCAGCCGUUCUGCACUGUUUUCUGUCUAUUUCAAAAGUCCCUUAAAUAUUUAUAACAGCCAGAUCCGUGAAUGGGAUAAAAACGAGUGGUUGACGAAAGCCAAUACCGUCUUUGUGUGCAUUUUCUGGCGAGUGUUGGGUCGUGUUGUUAUAACCAAGUGAUCUUGAAAACAACUUGGAAGUGGAGGGUAUUUAUAUAUGUGUGCCUGUACAACGGUGUAAAACCAGUAGUGUGAGUGUCAUAACCUUUAGUGAUACUUAGACCACCAGCAUCCUGUUUUCUGAAGUGGAUGUGAAGGGAGGAUGGUGAUGUGUUGUAGAGAGUUGGUGGAUUUACUUGUGCCCCCAAGAUGCCCCAGAAUCUAGGUAAACUCUCGUCCUCACACGUGAUGGAAAUCAACGUAGGCUAUGGUGCCACCCUGGUCAAGAAAGAGGUGAGCAGCCCGCCGUUGGGGUCACCACACAUAGGGUCACCUCACAUAGGGUCACCGCACCUGACCUCUGCCAACGACCUCUCCUCCACCGAUAUGGCUAAUGAGGCCGUCAUCCCAGACCCAUCCUUCCAGCAACGCCUCCUUCAGGUAGGCCUCUUUCAGCUCAAACAGGAGCAGCAGAUCCAGCAACAGCUGCUCCUGCACCAGUACCAGCAACAACAGCAGCAGCUGGCGGAACAGCACGAGAAACAGCUGCAACAGCACAUCAAGCUCCAACAGAGUCUACUCUACCACCAGUUCCAACAGGAGCACCAGCGCCUCCUGGAACAACACCAAAAUGAACUACACAGCCACCUCAAGCAGCAGUACCUGGAGCAGCAGAGUCAGCGGGCGGAGGAACGUGUGGAGAAACAGAGGAAGGAGAUUGAGCGGCUGGAGGCCCUCAGAAGAAGGACAAGAACGAGCACUCCGCCGUCGCCUCCUCCGAGGUUAAACAGAGACUUCAGGUCAGUGGUCCUUAGGCCAGGGGUGGCCCUCAGGUCUGUUGUGGGUCAG